GGCAGUGCCAGCCGCACGCCGCGCUCCCUAUGGCCGCUAUAGGGUGCGCGUAAGGCGCUGCCCAGCCCCUCCCAGCACGGCCGGGGGGAGGCGGAGCCGGAGCCGGAGCCGGAGCCGUCCCCGGAGCCGCCGCCGGGACUCCCGGCCUGCCCCAGCCAUGGCGGAGAUCCGCGUGUUCCCGCUGUCCUGCGCCGUGCAGAACUACUCCUGGGGGAAGCUGGGUCUGGCCAGCGAGGUGGCCAAGCUGCUGGCCAGCAGCGACCCCCUGGUCCAGAUCCAGCCCGACCGGCCCUACGCCGAGCUCUGGAUGGGUACACACCCCCGUGGUGAUGCCAUCAUCAGGGAUAACCGCAUCCCGCAGCGGACACUGGGGCAGUGGAUCGCCGACAACCCUGCGUGCCUGGGGGCGAAGGUGAAGGACACCUUCCAGGGCCACCUCCCCUUCCUCUUCAAGGUGCUGUCCGUCAACACCGCCCUCUCCAUCCAGGCGCACCCCAACAAGGAGCUGGCAGCGAAGCUGCAUGCCCAGUUCCCGGAGCACUACCCUGAUGCCAACCACAAGCCAGAGAUGGCCAUCGCUCUCACCCCCUUCGAGGGCUUGUGCGGCUUCCGGCCAGUGGCUGAGAUCGUCUCCUUCCUCCAGAGCGUCCCCGAGCUGCGGGCACUCAUCGGGGAGGUGGCAGCGGAGCAGCUGGAGCGCAGCGGGAGCGAUGACCCCCGUGGCGUGUCGGCCGCGCUCCGCGUCUGCUUCACCCGCCUCAUGAAGAGCGAGAAGAAGCUCUUCGUGGACCAGCUCAACAUGCUGGUGAAGAGGAUCUCCCAGGAAGUGGCGGAAGGGAAGGACACAUCGGGGAGCAACGGGGACCUGCUGCUGCGGCUGCACUCACAGUACCCCGGGGACAUCGGCUGCUUCACCAUUUACUUCCUCAACCUGGUGAGGCUGGAGCCGGGAGAGGCCAUGUUCCUGGGAGCCAACGAGCCCCAUGCCUACCUGCACGGAGACUGCGUGGAGUGCAUGGCGUGCUCGGACAACACGGUGCGCGCCGGGCUCACCCCCAAGUUCAUCGAUGUCCUCACCCUGUGCGAGAUGCUCAACUACACACCAGCACCCAGCAGCUCCAAGAUCUUCCCAGCGGCACAGAGCCAGCUCGAUCCCAACGUCUACCUCUAUGACCCGCCUGUGCCAGACUUUGCCAUCAUGAGGAUAGAGAUCCCGUCCUCCAUCAAGCUGUACCUCGUCUCCGCCGUGGACUCGGCCAGCAUCCUGCUGGUGAUCCAAGGGGCAGCCGUGGGCACCUCCACAGCCGCGGCCUCCGAGAUCCCCCUGUGCCGGGGCUCCGUCCUCUUCAUCUCUGCCAACGAGAGCGUCUCGCUCCAGCUCUCCUCUCCCGAUGGGAUGCUGCUCUUCCGAGCCUGCUGCCUGCUCUGAGCCGGCCUGGGGCGCUUCCCCCCCCGGCCGCAUUGGAGUAGAUAGAAACUGACCUGGGCAAAGGCAUCUCGCUUGGAAGUUUAACCUGUUAAACCCCCAGACCAGCCCCACCUGAUGUAGAGAAAGAGCAGUUCCAUGAAUGAGCUCCUUGGACAUGGUGUGGAGCAGAGAGGGCAGAGGAAGGGCAUCUCCCCUCCUCACGAGCCAUGUCCCCGUAGCAUCGAUCCCGCAGGGUGCUGCCAAUGCCACAGUGACUCUGGUGGUUCUGUUUCCCCUCCUCAUCCUUUGCUGAGCAGCAGCAGGGAGCCCGGAGCUCUGCACCCCAGCUCUUGAGCAUCCCUGCCUGGCUUCUAGGAGCUGCUGCCACUGUGAUGCUGAGGCCUCCUGCUGCUCCUGGUGGGCUCUUCCCAAGCCUGGUCGAUGGCAGGGAGUCCUCUGAGCCGUGUCACCCCUUCCCCGGCUGUAAAAGGGGCUGCUUGGUGGGGUGACAGAGCUGGAGAGCCUCUGGUGCUGUGAAUAAAGAGGUGACUUUGU